AUGAAGUGGCUGGGAGAAUCCAAGAACAUGGUGGUGAAUGGCAGGAGAAGUGGAAGCAAGUCGUCUAAUGACCAUGCGCAGAAUCAGACCAAAUUGCAGCAUGCGGGAAAGGAGAAUCCAAAGACAGGAAAAAAUGGAGUUGAAAGAAGAUCAAGCAGAUGUAGCGGUGCUUCAGGAUUUGAGGGUCAAAGUCGUUAUGUGCCUUCCUCUGGAAUGUCUGCCAAGGAGCUGUGUGAAAACGAUGACCUAGCAACUAGUUUGGUUCUUGAUCCCUAUUUAGGUUUUCAGACACACAAAAUGAAUACUAGAUUUCGACCUAUUAAAGGAAGGCAAGAAGAACUAAAAGAGGUGAUUGAACGUUUUAAGAAAGAUGAGCACUUAGAAAAAGCCUUCAAGUCCUUGACGUCAGGUGACUGGGCCCGGCACUAUUUUCUUAACAAGAACAAAAUGCAGGAAAGGUUAUUCAAGGAACAUGUAUUUAUUUAUUUACGAAUGUUUGCAACUGACAGUGGGUUUGAGAUACUACCUUGUAAUCGGUAUUCUUCUGAGCAAAAUGGAGCCAAAAUUGUUGCAACGAAAGAAUGGAAACGAAAUGAUAAGAUAGAAUUACUUGUGGGCUGUAUUGCUGAACUAUCAGAAAUGGAAGAAAACAUGCUGCUGAGACAUGGGGAGAAUGACUUCAGUGUCAUGUAUUCCACACGGAAAAACUGUGCACAACUGUGGCUUGGUCCUGCUGCAUUUAUCAAUCAUGAUUGCAGACCUAACUGUAAGUUUGUAUCAACGGGCAGAGAUACAGCAUGUGUGAAAGCUCUAAGAGAUAUUGAACCUGGAGAAGAAAUCUCUUGUUACUACGGAGAUGGAUUUUUUGGAGAAAAUAAUGAAUACUGCGAAUGUUACACCUGUGAAAGACGUGGAACUGGUGCUUUUAAAUCACGAGUGGGAUUGCCAGCACCUACUCCUGUGAUUAAUAGUAAAUAUGGACUGAGAGAAACAGAUAAACGAUUGAACAGACUUAAAAAGUUGGGUGACAGCAGCAAAAAUUCAGACAGCCAGUCCGUCAGCUCUAACACUGAUGCAGAUACCACUCAGGAAAAAGCUAAUGCAACCUCUAACAGAAAAUCUUCAAUUGGCGUAAAAAAGAACAGCAAAAAUAGAACAUUAACAAGACAGUCUAUAUCAAGAAUUCCAGCAUCAUCAAAUUCUACCUCAUCUAAACUAACUCAUAUAAAUAAUUCCAGGGUACCAAAGAGACUGAAAAAGCCUGCAAAGCCUUUACUUUCAAAGAUAAAGUUGAGAAAUCAGUGCAAAAGGCCAGAGCAAAAGAAUACUUCUAGAAAGCUGGAAAUGGGAAAUUUAGUUCUCAAAGAGCCUAAAGUAGUUUUGUAUAAAAACUUGCCCAUUAAAAAGGAUAAAGAAUUGGAGGGACCAGUCAAAGUUGCAGUCUCUAGUGGAUGCUUAACAAGGCAUGCAGCAAGAGAAAAUAAACUGAAUUCUGUGAAAGGUGCUUAUGAGCAUGGUGAUAUACCACCCUGCACAUACAUAACAAGGAGGUCAAUGAGAACAAGGAUGAAUUUGAAGGAGACCUCUGACAUAAAGCUUGAACCAAAUACGUUGGAUAGCUAUAAGAAUAAUUUGACCGGAACGCAAUCGGACACUUUAGAGCAGCAGUCUCAUGGGAUAAAUGAAAACGACGUGGCUCAUGGACCAUCACAAAAAGGGGAGAUGAGGUGCCAGAAGAAUGAUGCAGGCAUGUCAAAAAAGAAAUCUCGACAAGGAAAACUUGUGAAACCAUCUGCAAAAACAGAGGAAACUGAUACUAUGCACAAUACACCUGUGAAAGAUGAAGUACCAGAUUUGAUUAGUUCUCAUUCGGAACUCGGAGAGAGAAAUAAUGUGGUGGACCCACCAGUUGGCUAUAAAGACUGUAUCCCUGGAGCUGGUGGCUGCUCUGUUGUAACAUCUGACAAUUUUAAAGCAAAAGACAGCUUUAGAACUGCAAAAAGUAAAAAGAAAAGACGAAUCACGAGGUAUGAUGCACAACUUAUCCUUGAAAAUAGCUCUGGGAUCCCUAAAUUGACUCUUCGUAGACGCCACGAUAGCAGUAGCAAGGCAAAUGACCAAGAAAGUGAUGGAAUGAAUUCUUCAAAAAUAAGCAUCAAAUUAAGUAAAGACCAUGAAAAAGACAAUAAUUUAUAUGUAGCAAAGCUAAAUAAUGGGUUUAACUCAGGAUCAGGCAAUAGUUCAACAAAAUUAAAAAUACAGCUAAAACGAGAGGAAGAAAACAGAGGGACGUACCCUGAGGACCUUCACGAAAAUGGUGUAUGUUGUAGUGAAACUCUCUCCCUUUUGGAGUCGAGGAUGGAAGUAGAUGAUUAUGGUCAUUAUGAAGAGGAAACAGCAGAUGAAUCUUCAUCAGAAGAGGAUGAUGAAGAGGAAGAUGACUAUGAUGAUGAAUUUGAUGACUUUAUUCCUCUUCCUCCAGCGAAGAGAUUAAGGCUUAUUGUUGGCAAGGAUUCAAUAGAUAUUGAUAUUUCUUCCAGGAGGAGAGAAGAUCAGUCUUUGAGGCUCAAUGCAUAAGCUUAUAGGUCUUAAGCUGACCUGGAUGUCAUUUUUAAAAAA